GAAGCACUCCAGCCUAUAAAGAAACCAAACCACCCUAGCCAUGCACUUCAAAACCCAAACUAAAACACCUUCUCCUUAUCAUCAUCUCCCACACAUUCUUACAUCUCCAAUCAUUCCUUCUCAUUUUCCACUAAUUCUCACGCAAUUUCUUCUCCUAGAUUUUGAAACUGAAGAUAAGGGAUUCUUGAAAGCCUGUCUUCGAUUAGUUCUUUUACUCGGAUUUCUUCAAUUCUUGAUCACUGAGGCUCAUCAUCAUCAUCAUCAUCGCCACCAAGAACCAAGAAUUAGGGCUUUCCGGAUGCUAGUUAUGAAAAAAGAAGCUUCUGGAAAUAUGAAGAAUGAGUUUGUUGAAGCUAUGAAUAUGGUGAAAAAGAAGCAUAGGAAUCUUUCAAAGCUGGAGCUUAACUAUACGAGCAAAAGGAGAGUUCCUAAUGGUCCUGACCCCAUCCAUAACAGAGGAGCUGGCAAAUCUCAUCGACCACCAGGCCAUGCUUAAGGCUGAAGGUUAAAUAAAUCUCAGGAACUUUUAAAAAAUCGAGCUCGUUUGAAUUAAAUUUAGUUUUUGUUUCAAUUAGGAAGGAAAUAUUUUAUUUUUAUUUACAGAAUUAAGUUUAUAUAUGUGGGCUAAGCUUGUUUGAGAGCAUUUAUUUGUCCUGAAUUUUACAGUCUUGAUGUAAUUGUAGAUUCUAAUGAUGAUUAUGCAAAUUUUCACGGAUGCAUGUAAGAAGGUAGUUUUUUACCGAA